AUGCCGAAGCACACUGGUGUCAACGACCACACGGAGCAAAAUCUACCCACGCAGAAAUUGAAUGAUGGCAUAGGCAGCGUUCCUGCUCACAGUGAAGCUCUUCGAAACUCAGUGACGGAACUAUUGGCGCGGUUCGUCGCCAGCAUGUCUGGUGGCAUUCUCACUCCAGAGCUAUCCGACAAACUCAAGGCUCUGUUGCUCGACUACCUGGGCGUAACAGCAUCCGCUGGUCUCCGUGCCGAGUCGAGUCAGAAGUUCGUUGAUGGAAUCACUUCAUUUUCUGACGCAGCUGAAGGACGUAACACUGUCCUCACAAAAGGGUCGAAAUUUCCACAGCGCUACGCCGCUCUACUCAACGGUGCUUUUUGCCAUACGUAUGACUUCGAUGAUACUCACUCAAACGCGCUCCUUCAUCCAGGGUGUAGUCUGAUAUCAGCAGCCUUAGCGCAAGCCGAGACCCAGAAUGCAUCGGGCCGCGAGCUUUUGCUGUCUCUGGCCGUUGGAUAUGAAGUCGCCUGCUGCGUGGGAGCUGCAUUAGGUCUGGGUUCUUACAAAGGGGGCUUUCACAAUACAGGUACUGUGGGGAUAUAUGGAUCGAUCGCAUCUAUCUGUAAGCUUCGCGGGAGUUCACAGCAGGCCGUUGAAGAUGCCUUCGUCCUGGCGCUCUCCAGGGCCGCUGGGUCUAUGCAGUUCUUGGAGAAUGGAAGCUGGAACAAACGUCUUCAUCCGGGUUUUGCAGCCCACGACGCUCUACUGUGCGUUUCCCUGGCAGAAGCGGGUGUGCUCGGCGCCUCUCAAGCAAUUGAAGGAAAGUACGGACUGCUGCACAAUUACUCUGGAAGUGGCGAUCCUUCGAGGAUAACCAAGCGCCUAGGAGAAGAAUGGUCUUUCUUGGAAACCGCCUGCAAGCCUUUCCCAGCUUGCAGGAUGACCCACGGCCAACUCGAAAUGGUGGGCAAAUGGAGAAAAGUUCACGAGGCUCGAGGCAUUCCAGAGACCGCUACGGUUACUCUCCCCAAAAACUCGUUUCCGAUCGUUGGAUUACCCGCCAAGAAUAAAAUCAGGCCUGAGUGCAUCGUUGACGCUCAGUUCAGUUCUUGCUUCCAGGUUGCAGCAUCGUGGUUGUACGGAACUAAUCUUGGAUGGGCUAUUUACGAAAAGAUCCCUGACAAAGGUGUCCUUGAAUUGUGUGGGAGAGUUAAAUGUGAAAUGGAUGAAAAUUACAGUGCCCUCGAGUCCAGGAUGAAGAUCGUCUUUCCAGAUGGGACUGUCGUCGAAGAUGAGAUUCUGGUGCCCAUCGGGGAGCCACAACGUCCUUUUGAAUGGGAUACUGGGGUCAAGGAGAAGUUUCUGGGCCUGGCUGAGCCAGUCUACGGCAGGAAUAAAUGUCAAAAGAUCUGUUCAGUGAUAAAGGCCCUCGAAAGCUGUGGAUUAGGCGAGCUCAUGACAUUGUUGGCUUGA